AUGUUACAAAGCUUGAUAAGGAGGUCUUCGCAGCUCACAACGCUGCCUAAUAAGAUUAGAGUCGCUUCAGAUCCAGCGGCUGGACACUUCAACUCCCUUGGUGUUUACCUCCACGCUGGUAGUAGAAUAGAGAAACCAGAGUACUCGGGUAUAUCUCACAUAAUAGACAAGUUAGCCUUUAAAUCAACCCAGAAUAGAGACGAAGAGACUAUUUCAAACCAGAUUACAGCUCUUGGUGGUCAGUUCAUGUGUAGCAGCAGUAGGGAGACCAUCAUGUACCAAUCGGCGAUUUUCAAGAAAGAUUUAUCAGCAGCUAUGGAUAUUCUCAGUGAUACAAUCAGGAAUCCAAACCUCAGUGAAGAGGAACUCGACUUUCAGCGCCAAUCUGCUUUCUGGGAGAUCAAAGAAAUCUACAGUAAACCAGACAUGAUCCUCCCAGAACUCGUACACCACACAGCAUACAAGAACAACACUCUAGGAAACCCCCUCUUAUGUCCAGAAGAGCGUUUGAAUGAAAUUACGCCAACUUUGGUCCAGAAUUACCUCAACGAUUGGUUCAGACCUGAUAGGAUAGUCAUUGCAGGAUGUGGUAUUGACCACAACCAACUUGUAGAACUCUCAGAGAAACAUUUCGGUGAUAUGAAAGCUCUCACACCUUUAGAUCAAGAAAACGCAAAUAAGUCUGCCACUUACACCGGCGGUGAUUUAUAUAUAGAAGACAACACUCAAGAUAUGACUCACAUUUACAUCGCUUUUGAAGGUAUUGGUAUUGACGAUGAUGAUGUCUACGCAACCGCCGUUUUACAGAUGCUUUUAGGUGGUGGUGGAAGCUUCUCAGCUGGCGGUCCAGGUAAAGGAAUGUACAGUAGAUGUUACACACACGUACUCAACUACCACUAUGCGGUCGAUUAUUGCGCUUCUUUCCAUCAUUGUUAUGCAGACUCAGGUCUGUUUGGUAUCAGUGCAGUCGUAUUACCAGGCUACAACUCUAAAAUCGUCGAUAUUCUCGCAAGAGAACUCACUUUAUUGACAUUACCUCCAUACCUCGGUGGAAUAAACCAAGUGGAAUUAGAUAGAUCUAAAAACCAAUUGAAGAGUAGCUUGAUGAUGGCAUUAGAAAGCAGACUCGUACAAGUUGAAGACCUUGGUAGACAAGUGCAAAUAAAUGAUAGAAGAGUUUCAAUUGAAGAGAUGUGCGAAAAGAUUGAUCAUGUCGAUUUGGAAACAAUUCGUAGAGUUGCUAUCCGUAUUCUCAGACCAGAGAAAGGUGAUCUCAACAAUGGUAAAGGUAGCGGUGAACCAACUGUAGUCGCCCAAGGUCCAUUGAAAGGUAUCAAGGAUAUCAGACGGACACUAAAAAAUUAUGGCCUUGGUGGCUAGAUAACACUUUUGCAUCGUGUUUAAUUGUAACAACAGAAGAUAGAAAUAUAAUUUGCAUCACUACUUUAUACAAUUUAUUUAGUGUCCUGUCCAUGGUUCACUAGCUCUCUUCUGUAAAUAUCUUUCUACGCGCUCAGCUUCUCUCAACCCGCUGAGGACUGCUCCAUUGACAGAACCAUGGUUGUCAAUCUCAGUGUGCUCACCAGCAAAAGCGAGUCUGUCAUCAUCUGUAGCUUGUUGAAGUGCCUUGAGAUGUUCUGGUGAUGCAUAUGUGCUAGUUGCGCCAUUGGUAUCUUGUUCCUUCAACCAGCUUGUAGAAUAAGCUUUACGUGCCUUUACACCACCAAGUCUCUCAGCGAGAACUUCUGCACCAGCCUCUUCAACUUCUUGGCGAGAGUAGCAUUUCAGAAGGCGAAUUGCACCAGCUGGCAAGAAUAUAAGCAAACUUGGAUGAUUUGGGAAUGUCUGGACGUUCAAUACGUGACUCUCUAAGAUUUCCUUUGCGGAAGUGAAGCUCUUCUUGGUUGGCAAGAUAGCAAAACCGCCAGUCUUGUAUGAUGAUCUCCACCAGUAAUCGUCGUAUGUGUAGAUCAAUUUCUCGAGCAAUCCUACUGGUGUCGAUUUGAUAGCUUCUUGUUUCUCUUUGGACAACUCUGGGUGGAAUUCAAUAGCCGUCUUUGGAUUCUGGAGGGUUGCUAAUGGAACUGUACAAACGACGACUUUAGCUUCAAAUUGACCGCGAUGUGUAGAUAUGAUGCUUUUCACUUUAUCCUUUGUGGAAAGUGAGACAACUCUAUGGUCAUAAUAAAUUCUGACUUUGUCAGUGGCGAGGGCAUCUUCCCAGAUUCUAGACAUGAGGUGUGAGUAGCCGCGAGUGACAACAGCAUCCACACUGAUGCAAUGUCAGUGAUAAAUCAUUAAACAUACAUUACGCACCCAUCUAAACCUUUUUCCCAACCAAAUCGACUAACGUCAGUGAUUUCGUUGACUGGUAAACCAAGUGGUGCGUCUAAGGAGCCAACAUAUUCCUUUGCUAUUGCGAGUGUCUCACCUUGGAGAGUCUCGUUGAGUGAUGCGUCGAUAACAUCAGCUAAUGGUCUAUUCUCAUUGCUAGCUUUAGCGGUGUCUACUGCUUUACCCAAAGCGUCUUGUAUUUGUUUCUGUAAGCCAGUAUCCAAUGGACCACGUUUGCCGAUUAUGACGGAACCAACGUCGGUACUUUCUUUUGGACCAGCUAUUUGUACGUCAACAGCGAGCUCCUUUGAGAGUGUAGCAAGUGGAUGGCUGUCUGAGUAGCCAUGUAUAAAUGAACAUCCAGCAUCAAUAUCGUGGUCCCCACUGGGUGUCGUCAGUGUACGCUAAUUCAGCAAGGGCUACUACCCACAGUCUUAUAGUGUUGGUUCUACCACCAAGUCUCUCCCUGGAUUCUAUUACAAUAACUGAGCGACCUUGUUUUGCGAGCUUUCGAGCGAGAAUAGCGCCUGCAAAACCUAUAGCUUUUAAGAGGAGAGUAUGUUGUACUAGAUGAUGACACACCGGAACCGAUAACUAUUGCGUCCGUAAUGAUAUUAUCGCUUGGAUGACCCAUUAUUAUG